AUGUCGGAAGAAGUGCUUACUCCAAUUGCCAGUUUCCGGUCGCUCGUAGAAUCCCUGCCUGUUUUUCGCUGCGAUGCUAGCAAAGUGCACAUUUUGGAUGAACCUGCCGAUUUCUACAGGGAACUGGAGAAAGGGAUUCUGUCCGCGAAAACUCGGAUAGUCCUUGCUUCUCUAUAUUUGGGAGAAGGGGAGAAGCGGGUAGCCGAAGCUCUCCACAAAGCUCUUGCGAAUAACCCAGAUUUGGAAGUGACGCUCCUUCUCGAUUACUUUCGGGGGACCCGAGGAUCAACAAACAGCGUUUCUUUGUUGGCCCCGCUUGUCGAAGCCUUUCGUGGGCGAGUCGCCUUUCGCCUAUACCACACGCCCGCACUUGGGACAUUGUUGCAAAAAAUCGUGCCGCCACGGUUCAAUGAGGGGUUCGGACUGCAGCAUAUGAAGAUUUACAUAUUUGAUGACGAUGUGAUGCUGAGCGGCGCAAAUCUGAACACAGACUACUUUGUCAAUCGACAAGAUAGAUACGUGAUCUUUCGAGAUACCCGUCAGCUUACGGAUUAUUAUGCAGACCUGGUCGACGUUGUUGGCAGCUUUUCCUUCAAAGUAUCGCCCGAUACGGUCGGUCCACCACAACUUCACCCUCCAUUCGCUCGCUCAGAUGGCCGUUUGGACCGCCCCGCAUUGAAAGAGAAUGCAUCUCGAUUGUUGCGGGCAUUCUGCGAGAGGUGGCAUGCCGCAACCGCCGCUUUGCGGAAAGACGUUCUGGAGGCGGUUCAGGCCGAAACAGCACGGGCAAGAAACACCCUGGACACCCUGGUGUUACCUUUGAUACAGGUUGGCCCGUUGGGCAUUCGACAGGAAGAGGAUACGUUGAACAAGCUAUUGGCGGCAUUGGGGAGUCGAGACCCGGGAAAAACCGCACCAGGGACGGACUUGUCUACCAAGUGGACGGUACACCUCAGCUCAGGGUAUUUGAACUUUCCAAAGUUCAUGGUGGAACUGCUGGCCAACUCUGCAGCAGUUUUCAGGAUCCUCACUUCUGCGCCAGAGGCAAACGGCUUCUUUGGCUCUAAAGGGGUCUCCCGACACCUCCCGGCAGCAUAUACGUACCUGGAAAAGAAGCUUCUACAAUCCGUCACGGAGGUUGGACGGCGCGACACGGAGUUCCUGAUCAACGAGUGGAAGAAACCUGGAUGGACAUUCCAUGGGAAAGGGUUAUGGUGCACGCCACCGAAGGAGUCUGAUCCAGUAUUGACGGUGAUCGGGUCUUCGAAUUUUGGUUAUCGGUCGGCGUACCGGGAUGUAGAGGCACAGGCGGUGUUGAUCACGGCGAAUAAGGAGUUGAGGGGCAGAAUGAAAAAGAAUUUGGACGCCUUGUGGGCUCAUUCUGAUACCGUUACUCGUGAUGAUUUGAACAAGCCCGAGAGAGUGGUUCACCCUGGAGUGGCUAUUACCACGCGCGUUAUCAGGACGAUGCUGUGA